AUGAAGAAGAAGAAGAUGCCAUCGGAGGAUGCGAAAGCUGUGAAGAAAGAGGAGGCUGAGGAAGACGAUAAGAGCUUGAGUUCCUUAAUUGGGAAGAAGCCCACGAACGCAAACAGUGGUAUUUCUUUGAGGAAAUUGAAGAAAGAGGAGAUUGAUGAUAACAAACCCAACAAGUCAUCCUUAUCUGGGUCUCUCCUAAAUCCGGUGAAGAAGGAGGAGAUUGAUGAGAAGCCCGUUUCCUCUGCUGGAGUCUCAAAGGGCUUAGGAGGCCAAUUUCAAACCACGGCUGGACGAAGUGUACCACUACUAAAGCCAUUUAAGGAUUGGGCGUUUCUAUUGUAUUCUUAUGUGAAAGAAGCAUUUCAUGAUGAACCUGCAAAAUUUAAAGAGUUUAUCAAGGUCCUCGAGGAUUAUAAAUUUCAUAGAGUUGAUGAAGCAAGUACCUUUGCAAGGGUGGUGGAACUCUUGAAGGAUCAUGUGGAUCUGCUUCAUGCUUUCAGUGUCCUCUUUCCAGAGGCUAACAUAACCGUCCCUCUCGAGGCUUACCAAGGGUUAGGCCGAUUUCAAACCAUUAUUGGAACAAGUGUACCACGGAAGAAUAAGGCGGCUUUGUUAUACAUGGCUAAAGUGAAAGAAGCAUUUCAUGAUGAACCUGCAAAAUAUAUAGAGUUUCUCAAGGUCCUCGAGGAUGUUAGAGCUCGCAGAUUUGAUGGAGCAAGUGCCAUUGCAAAGGUGGAGGAAUUCAUGAAAGAGCACGACGAUCUGCUUCGUGCUUUCAGUGUCCUCUUUCCAGAGGCUAACAUAAACGUCCCUCCCAAAGCUAAACAACAGAUUGCGCCUGAUGAUCACAAACGAAAACGUGCUGAUCAGUCGGAUGGAGCGGAUUUUAUGAACAAGCGUAAGGUAUAA